GAUAUACGUAAACUGUACGUAUGUAUUGCGAUGUGUGCAUGGCACUUGUCAAAUUGCAGAUAAACAGAAAUUUUACGCUAAACGAUGGACGGUGAUCAAUUGAAGAACACGGAUCAGCAAUUUAUAACUUUUCAUGAUUUCUCACCGAUAAAUCAAGCCAGCAACACUGGCGGACAGUUGGAAACUGCAGCUGCAACUCAUCAGCCCUUUAAUAACCUGUCAAAUGAUUCCACUGGAAUUGGCAUAAUAGAAGAUUUACAAGGAAUGCCCAAUAAAAACGAAGCUACUCGAAGCUUCUGGACGAUUGAGUAUUACCAAAAGUUUUUCAAUGUCAAUACAAACGACGUCCUGGAGCGUCUCAAGCGAUCCAUGGUACCACAUGGACGCGAUAAUUAUCUUAUAACGCACAUAAGGCCAAAUCCAGAUUUGUACGGUCCUUUCUGGGUAUGUGUGACUUUGGUAUUUUCCAUUGCCAUUAGUGGAAAUGUGGCAAACUAUUUACAAACCGCCGGUUCUGCCAAGCACCACUGGAGAUACGAUUUCCACGUCGUGUCCUAUGCAGCCACUUGCAUAUUUUUGUACGCAUGGCUUCUACCAUUAGCCUUGUGGGGUGCGAUAAAGUGGACCAGCAGUUCGAGAAAUACCGAAGAGGAAUUAAUUGAGUCUUACGCUCUUCCUGGACUUUUAGAACUCUUGUGUUUGUAUGGAUACUCCUUAACCAUCUACAUCCCAGUAGUUUUUCUAUGGGUCAUUCAAAUCAGCUGGUUGCAGUGGGGCUUAGUCAUAUUAGCAACCUUUUUGUCAGGAGGAGUUUUGCUACGGUCAUUGUUACCAGUCGUUACAAAUAAACAUAGAAUUAUAUACGUUGCUGUAAUUCUGGGUAUGCAUCUACUGCUAGCAGCAGGAUUUAUGCUGUAUUUCUAUCACGUGUCAUCCAAGAGCACCGUUUCAGCUGUGGAUAAUUUAGUAAUUUCCUCUACUCAAGCCAAUGUACUGCAUAAAGUAGUGCAAAACAACAGUUCUAAUGUAGUGCCAGCGUCAGCCUCUUGAAACGUCGAGCAGAUCUGAUAAAUCCCUAUUUCCGAGAUUAUCAGGAAAACUUGUUUAUUUACGUGAUAUCGAAUACUAUUUUAUUUAGAGAAAUAUCAUCGACUUACUAUAAAUAUGCAUCGCACACGACGCUGAUUAGCGUAAUAAAUUUCGUUUAUGUAAAAAUAAUAUUUAUACUGUAAUUGUGAAUUAUAAGUUAGAAAUAAAAAAUAUCCCGAUCCUUACACAGGUGUUUCUACGAAGAUAAGAUAACUCAUUAACCCCGCUGUGGUCGAUACGUCGCUACGUUCAGGACAGUGAUGCACAAGACCGGCGAAGUGUCUGGUUGAUUUAUUUCACAGCCCUACUGCAAUAUAGGGGCGCGUUACAUCAACGCAACACACAUAUCAUUUACAAUCAUACGAAAUAAUCUCCACGACGUUGUACAUAAUGCGUGAUCGCGCGGUAUUUUUUUUUUUUUAGUAUACUUAUAAUACAAUAGAUUAUUACAUUAUUAAUCGCACAUAAUUCAUUAGUAUCUUGCUCAUUUACCAAUGUGACAAAAGGCAACAUUUAUUUUGUAGUUGUUAUCGUUAAUGUUAUUAUCGUCGGUGUAUUCAAUACAUAUAUGCCAUGACAAUAGUAAUUCGCUCGCAGCCACGAUGGAAAUCGUGUAAUCGCAGACAAUGCGUGCCGUCGGUACGACGCCAGUGAAUACAUGUGCUGCUUGGAUCAACGACUCUAACGCUGCUUCGAUUAGUCUCGCGAGACAAUUUUUUCACCCCGAAAGUACUAAAAAAAAAAAUUUAUCAGCUUCGAAAGAAGCUGCGCAAUUAAAAACAUUUGCUCUCAAUCGAUAAUGCGCCAAUUAUAUCCUCGGAAACUAAUUGAAAAUCGUGUUUUUUUUUCGAAAUAUAUUAUUAUAUUGACAGAUCAUCGCGGUAAGAUUCAAGCCUUGUCGAUGUGAGCGUCGUAUGUAUAAAAUACAAGAAUUCUACGGGUAAAAGCCUAGAAUUAUACGUGAAGUCGAGCACCUGUCGCAUUACGCUAUUUUUAUUCGUACAAACUCUGCCGUAAUGCAACUCUUUUUAUUCUCGUAAAAUCGAUCCGUAUUGAAAUAUGGGCAAGUUACACUCGAUCGUCGCACCAAAAGGAUUUUGGCCGUUAGCUGCAUCGAGGUCGAUUAAUUAAUUCUGGAUAAUUUUCUCUUUCUAAAUAUAUAUGUAUUAUAUAUAUAGAGUAGCUAUAUGUGUAUUAUAGCUAGCGCUAUGAUCUAAAGACAUUUAUCUUAUACAAAUAUGAUAUAUGAAUAAGGAAUCUAAUUUUGUGACUUGGCAGGAAAAGGCCAAACAUCUCAUGUCUGAACAUAUGAUAUUUCCUUCCUUCUUUUUUUUUUUUGCUCUUUCCUUCUUCAUUUUCGCAAAGUGUUAAAUCAUGGUGCUCGACGAUGAGAGGCUGUAACGGUGUCAAAGUUCACAGCUAGUGCUCACAACGACGUUGGUCCGACGUGUUUACGAGAUAUUGCAGUCAAAGAUUGCGAAUAGGCAGGAACGAUAAUUAAUAAGUUAAUAAGUCUACGACAGUCUAGUACCGAGUUUACUGCUCCUCCCCCUUUCUUUUGCUCUAUUUAAUAUUUCCAACGUUACACACGCAACGCUUACUUUUUUUUAUCUCUUUACAACCCCUAGCACUCUCACACGUUCGCGCGGUAGCACGUGCUCGACGACUGAAGUCAGUGAAUACGCCGUCGUUUAUUUACAAUUGUUAUUGUAAAACUGUUAUAAUACACAAUAAUUGUUUCGUUUCAUUGCUCGCGACGAUGCUCGCGUCUGACGUAUACCGUCACGUAACGUAUUACACAUACACAUAUUAAUAUAUAUAUAUAUGUACCCUGGUUUUAUCAAUUAUUACAUUACAAUAUAUGUAUAUAACAAUGCUCAUAAAUGACGCGUUCCUUUCGUACAAUGUCAGUCCGCUGUAUGCAUUUGACACGCAGUGGAGAAGACAGAUAUUGUGUAAAACGAAUGCACCCUUUAUAAGCAAACUAUACAUUUACGAGCAUAUAUAUAUCCUACUAUAUUCUUUUUUUUUAUUACAGUAAUUUCAGGUUGGUUAUUCAGUCGCAUGCUUAAUUAAUAAUUACGUAAUCUGAUUUACAUAACAACGUAUGUUGCAUUGAACUCGACGUGAAAUCUCGUAAUAACGGAAGCCAGUUUUUUUUUCGGCGCACUGUAAAAUUGUGACUAAUAUAAACGGUCGUGAUUCAUAACAAUCUUGCAUUUUUCAACAAAACGUGAUUUUACCGAAUUCCGUUACAGCGGCAACUAUGCAAAUCAAUCGCGAAAUAUUUCAUCGGCAGUAUUUGCUCGAAAAGUGAUUCAGCAAUUUACACACAUAUAGAAUUUGAAUUAGCGUAAUUUGAUUGUAAAUCAGUGAAAGCAAAACUCAUAUUUUUACAACGCGCAAAUCUAACUCGCGGAUCCAAGCUCUGAAAGAGAUAUUUAUAGACUUUACAAAAUUUUUUAGAAAUGUUAUAAACUUUCUCUGCUAUUGCUCUUUGCUGCUAUUGGCUAUAUGUUACAAGAUUCGAUUCGUUUUUACGCUAAUUUUAUGCAUAUACAAUUUAAUAAUAUUUAGUAAGAUUAAAAAGUGUGAAAUCGAAAGAAUGUAGCAGAUGGAAAACAUAUUGUUGAGAGCAAGUUGAUAGUUUUGUCUCUUUAUUCUUUUCUCGUUAAAAUUUUCUGGAGUUUUGAUAUGUUUUUUGCGUCAGGAAAUCCAAUUCUGUAAUUCGUAAUUAAUCAAAUUACGAAUAAUAAAAUUGUUCGUAUUCAUCGAAUUAUAAACGCCUUGGAGAGAAUUUUGUUCGUGUAAUCUAUACGGGAUUUGGAGCCGAUAUUGAUUGAGAAGAAUGGAUAUACAUUGUUACAUAGAUUUCGCAUCUUAUCGACAUCUGCUUGCCAACACGUUAAUAUCAUAGUAGAAAUCCUUACGUCUUAAUGAAAAACUACCGUGGAAUUUACGGCGAAGAAUGAAUCUUACAAGCUUAAUUUUUAUAUAUCCUACAAAAAAUCAGCUUCCAUAUGCGGUUAUCUAUUGUAUGAGUUUUUAAAUGCCCUACGAUCAAUUUAUCAACUUCACAAUCAAUAUUAUUCUAUAGCUUGAAAAUAGAAGAAAGGAAGUGUCAUAUGUUCGAUUAGAAGAAACCCGUGGAGACCAGGAUAGAUUCAAUUUUGAGAACUCUGAAUAGGUUAUAAUAGAAUUUCGAAUAAGGGGAUCAAGGAUGCUAAAGCCACAGAAUCACAUUGGUUGAUCUAGCUUCGAAAUAUUUAAGUUUUACGCGAAUAGCACAGCGAAGUACAGAACGAAUUCUGGCGGAACGCCGAGACAAGAUAUUUACUUUCUAAUCGUUAAUCGCGUUAUCUUGUGCUAUUGGAUUCGAUGCAACGUCAUAUAAAAAGGGACGAUUCGAGCUUUCAUGCCUAACGGAUUCUCCGUCUAUGUAUUACAAACGCGAGGCUCUUUUGAUCGACGUCUCAUUUUGAUCACUUUCUUUUGGUGAAAUGAUUACUUUGAUUGCGGACUUAGAUGUAUAGAACAGGUACGUAAGAGUGAAACAUUGUUUUUCCUUUUCUUAUCUCUCCUCCUCGAAAGCUUCCAUUCCGAAAUCGCUGUGUGUUAAGCUGCUGCUUAAUAAAAUCCAGCAAAGUGUGUACGGUCGAUUUUUCAGAUGCGACAAGCUGAGUUUUAGGCGUACUUAGUAACUGUUAUUGAUUAAGAGUCGCAAGUAUCGAGAUAAUUGACGUUUAUGUUGGAGCAAAUAAAGAAUGUCACAAUUAUGCCAAGCUCGAAACUUCCGCUUCGUCCUCGUUUAAGAAAUGUGCAAAAUCGAUAUUUAAAAAAAAAAACCACCUGUGAGCAAGCGGCGCUUUCCCUCUUGCUUUGGUCGCAAACAAAUCGGAAAGUGCUGUAUAAAAAAUAAUGGACACAAGAAGCAACAGUGAUGCGUUUUGGAUAUUAUCCAAAUAAUGGAUCGCGAUUAAGAAAAUUUAAAAAGAGAAUAAUUGCGCUUAAUACUACUCAACUCAUUAGAAUAAAAGAUAUAAAUUAAUAUUACAUAAAAAAAAAGAAUACGGGAAGUAAUAGUGGCUUUUCGAUCGCAAGAUGUUUUAUCGAGCUGAAUAUUGUUGGUGGAGACGGAGCUUUUUGAGAAUACAAUUGGGAUGAAUGUUUAAUAAUAAAAAAAAGAGUGCGCUUAAUAUACUAUUCAACUCAGUUCACAGAUUGCCCGACGCGCGGACAUCCGCAUUUAUUUACGAAUUAAGACAUAGUGACGUCUGUGUACCACUGCGUGUACCCGUUCUCUGUCAAUUUGUCAAACGUGUUUUUUUUUUUCUUUUUUCUUUUCACUUUUAUGCUCUAUAUUUUCCUUCCCUCUCACCUCUCUUUCUCUCUCACACGUGUUGUUUGCGUUGCAUAAUAAUUCGAAUACACUUAUACUCGCGACUCCGAACUACAACGGAGCCUCAUCGAUCGCCUUAAGCAUUAGUCUUUAGUGUUUGAUUAUUAUACUACAGUAAUAUACAGAAAAUCGUGGCUCGCGCCGACCGAUCGCACGCUAGCCCGCUCACUUCGACCCCUCGUCGUCAAAUCGGCUCGACCGGCCAGCGAGCGCUUUCGGCGAAAUUCGCGCGCGAGCGUGCGAGCGGCCGGCUCGGUUAAUCAAUAUAUUCGAUAAUUACAAUACACUAAAUAUAAUCAGCUUCACAUGUGUGUAUUAAAAUAUAAAUAUCAAAUAGACUUCUUGCGUCCACAGGAUAUAUGCAUCUUAAUGUCGAUGCGCGACUUAAAAAAUUCAGAAACGCUCUCUAGUCUUUAAGUAAGUUGUCACCGAUUAUUUAAAGUCCUUAUUAUCGGAAGAACGAUGAACUCGUGGCCACCGAAAGAUUGCGAAACGACGCUCCUCCUCGUCCUUCACAUCCCUCGCGACUUCCGUACUUCCGGUCCGUUUCGCUCUUCGGUAGUCACGAGUUGCGUCGCGACGUGAUUAGAAUUUUUUUUUUUUUCGGUAGCUUACACAUACGGUCGGUGUAAUUUGCAAAAAUGUGACGCCGCGUCGAUCGAGAGCCGGAAUUUUCUCUUUACACGAAAAUUCUCUUUCCCACAUACCAUAAAUUUGCCGUUAGAUAUUGUUAAUGUCACAUUAAUUAUGCGGAUUACAAGCUAUCAAUCACGAUCCACCGAAUAAAAGUAUCCAAAUGCGAAUUUUUCAGUAGAGAAGUUUUGUCCGUUCGAAUUUGUCCACCCGUGAUUUUUUUUUUUUUGCUUAUUGUCAAUAGAGAGAAGUAGACGACGAUCCGUUCUCAGUCGAUGCGACGGAUGUUAACAACGUGGCGGUCGGCGGCUCUCUUUCUUUACACUACGCAUACUUUUUUUUUUUAAUUUGUUAAACAUAUGUUUCGAUACUAACGUUCGUCGAUGACAUCGAUUCGACUGCGUGCGCAGAGUAUUUCCGAGGCCAAACUAAAUCUACACUUUGUACUCUGGUCGACCUCCGGAAUAAUCUGUCGCACGCACACAAGCUUCUUGUUACAAUGUAUAAUAUAUUUGUAAUAUGGAUGCAAUAUUUAUAAUAUAUUCAAGUAUAUAUCUAUCUGUGUGUGUGUGUGUGUGUGUGUGUGGUGUGUGUGUGUGGUGUGUGUGUAUGUCUAUCUAUGAUCUAUGUAUGUUAUGUGUAUGCAUACCUUUAUAUAUAUCAUAUAUAUACAUUUAUAUAUAUUUAUAUAUAUAUAUAAAUAUAUAUAGUUAUAUAUAUAUUUGUAAACGAUCAGUUGCACGCUUCAGAUGCACACCAGCCGAAUGCCUAAGUACGGAUACGACCCCGAAAAUGCAUCCAGCGAUGUCGGUGUCGCGGUAACGCAAGGCACGCUCUACCUAAGUCUACUCUAAAUCUCUUAGUUAGAAUUUCUCUUUAUUUUGUAAUAGUAACUAUGUUUCUUGCAAAAGACACUAUUCUAUGUUGCUUUACGUUGCGUUGGAUUUACAUACACAUUCGCGUUAAUUAUUUCCACAAUUUAUCCAGAGUCCAUUCUCGAAUAAAUCAUAAAUUGAUUUGUGCCAAAUCAAUUUUAAGUAAUUUGUUAGAUUGACUAAGUGUAUAUGAAACAUUGAUAACAGAUAUAACAGAUAUAACAUAGCUUUCUAGAAAAGGGAGAGCUCUUGCGAUUCAAACUCGUUGUAUUUAUUACAACACGAAGAAGAGCCGAUGCUGAUUCAUAUCAAGAUUAUGAUAAUAAAUCGUUUUAAAAUUAUAUUUGAAGUUUUCGAAUUUUACGUGAAAAUGACAAUCAAUGAUAAAUGAAAUUAACAUCUUAUUGCAUUACGAUACGAACAAAGUACGCAAUUAGUUAUGCGAGUAAUUACAAAUGUUAAGCUUGUUCGUCAGCUAUCCGUACUUAGGUAUUGCUACUCGUGACCCUACGACCUGUGUGCCUCUGUAUGUUAAUAAAACCCUCGAAUGCGGGUUCACCGCGUACGCAAGCGAUAGUUUUGGCUCAGCCAACGAUUACAAUACUUUAAGAAACUUCUUGCGAAAGCUUAAAAACACUCUACACACUUAGUAAUCGUACUUUAGAAAUUUCACUUUACUCGCCACUUCGGGCGAUUAAUUGGGGUUACUAUAUUCUUGGUGUAUGCAUGUUGUGUGUGAUCAAUGGAAGGAUUCAUUUGCACGCGAGCCAGGAACAUUGACAACAUUCUCCAGCUUAUCGUGACGUCUCAGCUUUAGUCAAAUGAUAAUUUCACGAUUUCCAGAAAUGCCGCAACGCACCCAAGUCCCCGUGAAACGCGAAUCCUUCGUGAAAAUUGUCGUGUAUGAUGCUUGUUUAUUCACGUACGAAAAAGAGAUUUGGCAGAUAGUAUAUUAAUCGAUGACUAACAAUUUAUGUGCAUUUAUGUAUGUAUACAUGUAUAAAUGUCGCGUAUAACAAUUAUUGUAUAUCUUUAUUGACAAUAAUUCAUUAAUAAGGCAACGCUACGAAAUUCUUUCCCAAAAGAAUUUGUCUAUCUGUUGAAAUGUAGUAUAUAUCAAGUCAACUCAAGUCAAGCGAGGAUAUUUAGAUGAUAAUUAGCUGUUUAAACAUAGAAAUUUGGAUUAAUAUGCUUGAAAUUAUGGAAUAUGUAUAUAGAGAACGGUGCUUAAGCUAAAGAAACUCACAAUAAUCGAAAUAAACGAUAAAUCACGCCGACGUCAGAAUGAUUCAUCAAUAAUUAUGCAAUUAUUAUUAUAAUAUAACUAAGAUAUACGAAAGAGACGUUUAUUUACAAAUACGUAGCGCAGCCAUAUAUUUUAUCGAUGUAAAGUAGUAAGUUCGAUUUUUUAUAAUCAUACAAUAUAGAGGUCAAAGUGAGACGGACAUUUACACACCUCCGCGCCUCUGCUAUAAAUUGUCCCCAUAGUGUUACUUUUAAUUGUCUUGAAUUUUAAGCGGCUAAGGGAAUCGUGUCUAAGUAUCGUGAGUAAUGAAGAAACGAAUACCGUCCACUUCGCUCAAAGUAUGUAAUCGAAAUACGAGUUUUACAUGUUAAAUAUCAGAAGAGACUACACUUCGAUCCCUCAAACGUGUAUGUACCAAAAAUGUAGAGAGAUUCGAAAGAGGGAAAAACGGCCUGCGUCUGUAAAAAAGGGUCUCCCUAAUUACGCAUGUUACUUUUUUUUUGAUUUUACAAAUACAUAGCGUAACGAUCAAUUUCUAACUGGUCCAAUGGCGCAGGAACGAUCCGCCGAUUAAGUACUCGCGACUGGAUCGUCUUCUAUGUUACGGGGAUGAAAGGAGCCUAAAACGUACGAUCUGCAAAACACCAAGUUUCCUACCGACUCGUGAAGAGAAAUAUUUUUGUUCCGUAUUAAAAGACACCGCCUAAUUAAGAGUCUAUUAGUCACGCAGAGAUGAAACGCGUAAACGGCAGAGAAUCUAGACAGUGAUGUGUCUACAAAAAACGAGGGUACUCUCUCUCUCUCUCUCUCUCUCUUCCUCACCUAUGACUAAUCUCUAUAAUACAGCAUUAUGCAUAAAUCGUUAGAUAUAUCUAGUACAAGUCCCAUCGUUAAUUAUUAUUUGCCGUUACAUUACCAUAGUAUAAUAGUGAACAUUAAGAACAUCGAAGAACAGUCAGAUAGUGAAUAUCGUCGCUCCUACCUUACGUUUACCCCGCGCGAUAAACUAUUCAUCCUUGCUUCCCGAAUCGGACUUCAUUUCUUACUUAGUAACGACAACUUUUAGAACUCUCUUGUGCAAUCAACUUCAAUAAUUGUAUUCUGCUUUAGAACAAACUUUAAGCUCUCUUAAAUUUCAGGAUCACUAAAUGCAGGAUUACAUUCUUCAAGACUUUCUUUACCAUCGCGUCCAAGUGUCGGGCUUUCCUAAAUUCGAGAUGUAAAUACAGGACUGGAUUUAGUAAUGAUACACAGACAGAUCCUCUAACAAAUAUCUACGAUAUUGGAGUAAUUAGUAGAAACGUUUCGAGAAACAUUCAAUUCAAGUAGAGUUUUAGAUGACUUGCAAGACUUGCGGCGUUUAAUUAAAAUUUAACAGUUCUAGUCUAUUCAUCGACGAAGCUGGCUGAAGUUUAGCUAACAAUUGUCUAUACUCGCAAAUGUGGUCCGAUUACGACGAGCAAUCUAGCAAAUAGAGACCGAGAACCUAAGAAAGAGAAAUGUUCAAUAACUUACGGAGCACAGUACAAUAUCAAUCCUCUAUUAACUCCAAAAAUAUGUUAUUCUUUCCUAUAUAUACCUCUAUAUAUAACUACAUAUCUAUCUCUCGUGAGAGUCAGUGUUACUUCGUUUACAGUGAUAAUAUAAUUUUAUACGAACUGUCCGUACAACGCGAUGAAUAUUAUAGUCCUAACUCCACAAUGAAAUCGUAAGCCUGUCCCCUUAUCCUAUUUUCUUUUUUUCUUUUUUCAUUGCGCCUGACCAUUUUUACACGAAUACUUUUCCGCGCUAAGCACAUCCAAGCCAUUUCUCAACUUCGUAUGAUUUUACAAGCAAUCCGCCACUCGCGCACGAAAAAAAAUAUCGAUCAUAUCGAUUCAUCUUCCACUUCCUCUCGUCGGCAGUUUCAUUGAUAUUAAAUCUACAUCAUGUUUUUUAAUACAAAUAAAACUGCAAUCUUCAGAUGCUCAUUCGAGACUCGACCAAUUUUUCGUGCACCGGCGCAGGAUUGAGACUUGGAGAUUCCGUGCUGAACAAAUCUUAUUUCCGGCCACACAAUCUCACUUUUUAGGCACUACACCUAAGACUAAUAUAUCACUCCCCCACCUCGGAUGCAAUAAGAAACAUAUGUACAUAUUUCAAAAACGAUUAAAAGAACUAGAUAUAUCCUACUUCUAUAUAAUGUAUAUUAUACUAUUCGAACGAAAGGAGUAACUAUAUUGCGCACGACUGCACGUGCGAAUGGUUAAAUAAUUAUUCUUAUAAUUCGUUUCUAGAAGAUUACUGUCAGUAAUUGUCAGUUACACGGUUAAUACAAACCGAAUUCACAUUAUGGAGGAAUUUAACAAUCACGCAACCCUAACACGAAAUGAUACUAACUUUUGCAAAACUAUAUAUAUAUAUAGAACAUGUAAACUUUUAUACAUUAUAAAUACUCGACGAUAUAUCAGCAAAGAAUUGAUGUUAGAAAAUAUCCGUGAAAGUUUAUGCGACGUAGCUCAGACUUCGAAAUUAAAAAAGAAAUCGUCAUCAUCCGCAAGUUGUCGCCAAACAAUCAGCGUGUAACAUCAUAUCGCCUCGCGAAUCAUCACGAAUUAUUCUUAACUGCAGCAAAUGUAUGAUCUCCCUUCCGUGUAUAAUUAAUGUGUUAAGAUUAGGAUACAAUUCUUACAUGCUUUAUACCUCGCGAUAUAUACGCCGGGCACGCGAGACAGCCCGCUCCAAGCGCUUUAACUGCGCACGACUAUCGGCAUUAUAAUAAAAUAUCACAACUAGAACCAUUGAUACAGUUACGGUAUCUUUUACUUAAUUUUCCACACAGCGUUUUAUAGCGUCUCUACUUCUUUUUAUUUAGGUAGUUUAUUAUGUGUGAUAACGUGUGUGUUUGUAUGUGUAUGUCUCUACUUACACCAUGUGUGAUCUAAAAUAACGAGUACGUGAUUGGAAGCAAGCAUUGGCUGAUGAAGUCAAGUCGAAAAAUCCAAAAUAUCGAUACAAAAUCAAGUCGACCUGAGUCCAUGAUCAGUGCGCAUUUUGUACCCUCAAAGCAGUCGAUAUUUUCGAUAUGUCACUCGUCUAAAAAAAAAGUCUCCCGCACAUCAUUCUUACGUACUGCGAUACAAAAAGUAACGUAACGUGCGACUGCAAUUCAAACGCCACGAUCCCCGUUCUAAUCGAGAUCCCAUCGUCAGUCAAGGCUUGCUCAUGAAUAGGAGACAAACAUGUGACUAAAAUCAAUCUAAUAAUACGCGGAAAUAUACACAGAUGAGAAAAAUGAAGAAGAAAAAAGGGAAGAAUGUAACUUAUCACUACGAAUAGUAUGACUGCUAGCUUACAAACGUAGGUGUGCGUAUAUGUGCACCUGAGGAUGACAAUCCGAGCACGCAUAUACACACACACCCGUUCUACACGCCCAACGUUACGUAGAAGAUGAAAACCUAAGGAUAUGACUCUUUUUUUUUUUUCUCACGAUUCACAUGGAGAAAGGUAUGGUAAUUUCAAUGCGACGUGAUUAUACCUCUACUGCCACACGUG